AUGCUGAAAAAUCCUACAAGUUUAUAGUAAGAAAAGAUUCAAGUGUUUGCUGCAAUGGGUAGGAUAUAAUCAUUAAUUAUAAUGUUUCCUAAAUCUUGUGAUGAAUUAUAUUAAUGUCGACUCUUCAAAAAAAAGUUCCUUGGAACUUCUGCGAGAUAUUUCUAUAUCUUUACGGAUAAAGUUAUUGUGAAUAAAGUAAAAUAGAGAGUAAAUUCAUUUCAUAGGAAUCGAAUCGAAAGAGAACAGAUCGUGUUUUUAAUUUAGAAAAUACUAAGAGAAUAGUUUGGAAAUACACGUCAGAAUAACCAAUAAAAUUGAAGGGAAUCACAAUUGACAAUGAAAAUUCACAGUAGGAAUACUUUGGUGAAGAUGAUGUGCUUCGUGAAUUAAAAAAACAUAUUUCUAAGUUAUUCUUUUAGGCUAAGAUUCAGGAGGAAUAUGUGGCUAUUCAAGUGAUUGGAUAGGGAAAUUAUGCUUUAGUAUAAAUUUGAAUCAUUUAUUCUUAGGUUCUUGAAUUAUAACAUUUACACUCAAAUCAAAAGUUUGCUUCGAAAUGUAUAGACAAGAAAAAACUAUAGGCAAUUGAAUAAGGAAUGGUAAUCAAUCAAGUUUAAAUUUAUAGGAAUCAGUGAUGAAUGAAAUUUAAAUAAUGAGGAUUUUAAGUCCACAUGAAUAACUCAUUAAUUUGAUAGAGGUCUAUGAAGGAGAUAAUAACAUAUAUUUGAUAAUGGAUUUGGCUUAGGGAGGAAGUUUAUACAAGGAGAUGAAAAAUAAGUUGACCCUGUACAGCAGGUAGGAAGUCUAGAAAGUACCUAUUAUUAUUUAAAUUUAAGAUUAUGUAUUAGAUAUUAACAGGAUUAUAAUAUAUUCAUUCUAAAGGAAUCAUGCAUAGAGAUCUAAAACCAGAGAACAUUCUCUUCAAAGAAAAGGGCAAUAUAAAUGCUUUAACAAUUGCUGAUUUUGGUUUAUCUGUGAAAGUUGAUUCAUAUCCCUACCUCUAUCCAAAAUGUGGAACUCCAGGCUUUGUUGCCCCAGAGGUUGUUAAUUUGAUGGACAAAGCAUAAUCCUACACAACAGCAUGUGAUAUUUUUUCAGCUGGGGUUAUUUUCCACAUAUUGCUUUUGGGAGAAGGUUUGUUUGUUGGAAAUGGACAUCAGGAGAUUUUGAGAAUGAACAAAUAAUUCUAGGUUGAUUUUAGAAGAUAAAAAUACCAAUAAUUAGAUUCGGAUGCCAGAGAUUUAUUGUAAAUUUAAAUGUUAUAAUUAGAUUUAAGAUGAUCGCCUAGGAUGCUGAUCAAAGAUUUACAGCAACUCAAUGUCUUAAUCAUGUCUUUUUUUAAAAUGAAAUGGCUCCAUAAUUACUACUAAAAAUGUAAGAUUAUGUUAUCAAUGUAUAUUAGGCAAGGGAGUCCUACUAAAGAAUCUUUUGAUCACUAUCUAGAUACGUACAACAGUCCUGAUCAAAAAUUAAUGAAUAAGGAUAGCAAGAAUUUGUCAAUCGUCACUCGCACUCCCAUCUAUGCACCCAAGGCUAGCACUCCUGAAUUGCCUAAACAAAGAUCUAUUAUGGAAGAACUAAGUCCAUUAAGUUCCUUUUCUUUAGAUUAGCAACGCAAUGAAACACAAAGAGAAGAUUAAUUUUAAUUUGCUUUUACUAAAUGA